AUGGGUACCGCAGGAGGAACAAACUCCCUCACCAGCCCAGAUCGUCUACACAAGAUCGAUCAACUUCGAGAGAAGAAUGUGGGCACUCACAUGCCUCUCCCGCAACUCGUAGUUGUUGGCGAUCAAAGCUCUGGCAAGUCUUCCCUUCUCGAAAGUCUCACUGGAAUUCCCUUCCCAAACGGCCAGGGUCUCUGUACUCGCUACGCUACACAAAUCACCCAUCGUCGAGAUAGUGUGCAGGACAUCACUGUCAGCAUCAUUCCUGGUCCUGAUGCUACUGAUGAGGAAAAGACUCGUUUGUCUAGUUAUCAUCACAGUGUGAAGGAUACAGAUGAGCUCCUUGUCAAGUUUGAGUCGAUUUUGCUUGAUGUGAAUGCUGCCAUGGGCAUCAAGACGAAAAUGAACCCUGAUGGAAACAAGACGUUCAGCCAGGAUGUGCUCAAGAUUGAAAAGUGCGGUCCAACUGAAGACUAUUUGACCGUCAUUGAUGUCCCUGGUAUCUUCCGCAACACUGAAGAGGGCGUCACUACUGAGAGGGACAAGACACUGGUUUUGGACAUGGUGAAGGGGUACAUUGAGCAGGAGAGAACCAUUAUCCUUGCUGUUCUCCCGAGUACUGUUGACAUCAUGACUCAGGAGAUUCUCAACCUGGCUGAGAAGUAUGACAAAUCUGGGGAACGAACUCUUGGCGUUUUGACCAAGCCUGAUCUUUUGACUGAGCGGAGUACCAAGGCUGUUGUUUGCGAUUUGGUCAAUGGGAAGAAGAGGCCCCUGAACCUUGGCUAUUAUGUUGUGCGAAACCGUGGAGCAGAUGAGGACAGCCAGGAUGAAAUGAUGUCCCGUCGGCGAGAAGACAUGUUCAAGGAGGAACCUUGGUGCAACCUUCCACCAGACCGCGUGGGAGUCAUUGCCCUGCGUGAACGUCUGCAAGAGCUUUUGGGUCAGAUCACUGAUCGAGCUUUUCCCAAGCUUAGAGCUGAAGCCCGCAGGAUGCUCACCGCUUGUAAGAAGUCUCUUGAUGGCCUCGGAUUCUCUCGUCAGACAGAACGUGAGCAGCAAGUAUAUCUAAGUGAUCUUGCUGGACAGUUUCAGCGACUGGUCCGAUACGCUCUGGAAGCCAACUACUCUUCCCAUCCGACGCUGGACAAUGAGGAACUUCGCUUGAUCACGGACAUUGUCAACAUUACGGACAAGUUCAACGAUAACUUCAUCAGUGCCUCGCAUUCUCAUUACUUUCAAGGUGCAGACAAGACUUCGAUCAGCGAGGAUUCUUCCGAGUACGAAGUCCCUGCCGAGGCAGAUGACGAAUCGAAUGGCGAGUAUUCCCAUCAAAGUGUUGAACUGACGGAGGGCCAGUUUCCAGAGCUCGACUCCAUCAUUGAUAUGCACUGUAUCCUUGAGAAGCCUCGCGGCGACAUCAUGGAUUGGAUCAAGAAAAUGUAUUAUCGCUCACGGGGCUUAGAGCUCACAUUUGGUCCCGAGCUUCUUGCCAGCGCAUUCAAAGAACAGUCCAGGAAAUGGGAGCCUCUAGCUAAGACUUACAUGAGCAAAGUCAUACUCACUAUUCACCGAUUUAUUGUGACGAUUCUUGGCGAAAUCUGCUCAGACACAAAGGUUCUGGAUGAACUCAAAUCCGUGUUGAGCAGCGAUCUUCUUGACCGGUAUCAGGCUGCAAUGGAUCAGGCGAUGUUCCUAGUCAAUAUUGAACGGGACACGAAGCCAUACACACUGCACAAGUCUUUCAGCAAUGCACUUGAGGAGUCUAGCACUCGUCGUGUCGUUCACAGUCUCGGUGGUGAUGGCGCGUAUGUCACUCAUCACGGCAAGAGAGCCGUUCUGGUAAGCAAUAUCGAAGGCGCUCUUAAAACUAAGAGCAAUACCGCAAAAACGACAGAGCUUAUCCACGACACACUCGAGGCGUAUUACGACGUUGCUAAGCAGAGGUUCGUUGACAAUGUAUCCCGACAGGCUGUACACCACUGCUUGCUGAUGGGGCCGAAGAGCCCUCUUUUCUUGUUCUCUGAGAAAUGGGUUCUUGAACUUGAUGACAAGAAACUUGAAGCAAUUGCUGGGGAGUCUCGUUUGGUUCGAGAUAAACGUGAACAGCUGAAGAAGAAAAUUCACGACCUCGAAAGCGCCGUGGAGAUUUUGCGAUAG